AUGGGUGCCAUGGUUAUCGCUCAAACGAAAAAUAGGGUAGAGCCAUAUGUCGUCAACACUGUUGAAUUUGUGCUAUCUGUAUUAUUGAGCGGCGCUACAUUUUGCCAAUUAGAAUUUCAAUUCAUGCUGAAUAACAUCAAAGUUCCGUCAGAAGCUACAUUUCAUCGAGUCCAAGAAAAGGUUGGUCGUGUUAUCAUAGAAGUUGCCAGAGAAUCUGUUAAUUAUUGGAAAUCUCGAAUGAGAAAAUGUUCGGGACUUUUGUUUGACGGUUCUUGGAGUCAGAGAAGAAAUGUAAUGUUUUGCUAUGUACAAUUUGUAGAAGAGAAACUCAAAAAAAUUGUAGAUUGGGAAGUGAUAUCUAAAUCUUUUAAAAAUUUCAAGGGUAAUUUCAACGGAAGAUCAAAUGAAAUGGAAUUUGAAGGCUUAAAAAGAAUGCUGAAGCGUUGGAAUAAUGAAAAACGUGUAAAUUUUUUUGUGCAUGAUGGCGAUGUCAAAAUUGUUUCUACAAUCAAAAAUACAUUCAAAGGUAUCAGAGAAUACAGAGAUCCUGGACAUUUUCUUAACAAUAUACAGAAAAAGCUCAAACUGCCAGAAUUCAGAAUCUUAUCUAGCGUUUCAAAGAAUUUAUUGCGUUGGCUUAGGCAACUUCUCAAUGACACACAUAUGUCAAUUAAAACAAAGAAGUUUUUAUGGUUGAAUUCCGCUAAACAUUAUGCCGGAAAUCAUAAAUUUUGUCCAGAUCCUGAAAAAUGCAAGAUGAUUAAACCAUGGAAAUAUGCAAAAAAUAAAACUGCUAUAAAAACACUUAAAAAAUUCCUCGAAGAUACCGUAAAAAUCUUUGAUAUGGUAAAAAAGAUUCAUUCAACUCAAGUAGUUGAAUCGAUAAACCAUAUCAAAGCAAUGCUUGCUAAUAAAAAUAUUAAUUGGCAUGCUUCUUGGCCAAUUAGGAUGGCAGUCACAAUAUUGCAUUUCAAUGAAAGUAUGUUUGAAACGAUUGUAGCAAUAAGAUACAGGUUAAAUUUACUAACAAUGCCAGAAAUGAUGAACAGAUAUUUCAGAAUGUAUGAUACAACAAAAGAUUUAAUCAAAGCAUUCAAAAAUUCAAAGCAAGUUCAAAAAAAGUUUGCGGCAUUAAGAGCUAUAAAGAGAGGUCUUCAAGCUACCGAUGAUCGUAUUACUCUUAAAUCACAUAAAUAA